UCACGUGUCCGCGACACUGUCGUCUUUAAACAACAUGGCGCCAAUGUGUAAUGGUUGUUGAGGUUGUCAUUUGUGUUUUAUGCACAUACUGAUAUAAUUGUCGCCACGGCGUGACAGACAUGGCUUCAACGGAGUACACAAAUGUCGAUUGCCAAUCAGUUAGCGAUUUGCAAGCAUUGCUGUGGGGAGUUGGACUAAAGGACGAAGUUUUCUCCAGGUGGACACAGGGUUUGGUAUUCAGUGAUGAUGAAGCCACUGCACUGAUACAGUAUGAAGGGGGACCGUGCGCUGUCAUUGCACCAGUACAAGCAUACCUCCUCAAGAGAAUUCUGUUUUCACCCACUGCCAAGGACAGCAUUACAGAUGUGACAGGUGAGGAGGCUUCAGAAUAUCUUUUUGAGGCUUUGUUGGAGAUGGUGUGUCAGGUGGCUCAGGACAACUACACCCUUGUGUGUAUGGAUGACUGUGACAUGGAGGCUCAUACAUCAGCAGCCGACUCUCAGGAAACAGGCCAGCGUAGCCCCAAAAGAAGAAAACUGGACCAGGAGACAUUCCAUGCCAAGCUCAAAUGUAUAAAAUGUAAUGAGGAAAAUCAUUUGAGGAUAUCCCUGAAGAAACUCUUCCGUCAGUACCAGGGAGACUAUGGAGUGUUGUUGUAUCUAUAUUCCAUCUUAUUGACCAAGGGCAUAGAACAGGUGAAGAAUGAGGUGGAGGAUCCCUCUGAAGCUCUCAUAGAUGGCACAUAUGGCCAUGGAAGCCAGAGUUUGAUUAACCUCCUCCUGACGGGCAAGGCAAUCUCCAACGUGUGGGACAAUGACAAGGAUGUGUCUGGUUUACGGCUGCAGGGCAUCAAGAAACAAUCCCCCGUGGGCUUCCUUACGUUGUUGGAGCACCUGCGCUACUGUGAGGUAGGCUGGUUUCUGAAGAACCCCAAGUACCCUAUUUGGAUUCUAGGAAGUGAGACACACCUGACAGUCUUAUUCACAAAGGAACAGAGCCUUGUGACACAAGAGAGUCCUGAGUUAAAUGCUAAACAUAUAUUUUCAAGAUAUGACCCAGAAGGCAAUGGAUUUAUCUCAACAUCUAUGCUGGAUGAGGUCCUCAGUGCUCUAGAUCUUGUCUCAGAGAAGGAAUAUGUUGAUAUAAUGAAGACAAAAUUAGAUGCAGAAAACCUUGGCAUCAUAACCCAACACAGCUUCAUGCAGGAAUUUUUUCCUGGACAGGUUAUACAAGAUGUUCCAAGGAAUUUCACUCUUUUUCACUACAAUGGCCUUUCAAGGUCAUGCUCCCAUGGAAAGGUUGUUUAUCAAGAGGCAUCAGUGAGACUAGAAGAUGAGCUAGAAGUGCAGAUAGUAACUGAUACCUCCCCAGUCAAGUGCUGUUUGCAGACAAAAUGGCCAACAAUAGAACUGACAUGGAAGUCUGGUAGCACUCCCUCCCUGAACUGACCAAAGAUCAGAAACCUCAUGAGGAGGUUGGUGUUAAAUUGCUGCUCAACAUGUGGAUUUCCUUGAUAAUCUUAGCAACAUUGUGUAAUUGAUGAUGUAGUGUUAUUGUGACUUGCCAGCAGCAUGUGUCCCGCAGAAGAGGAGGGUGAUGGUCAACACAUUCACUCACUGGCUUCCACACUACAACACACAUGAUACCAAGACGACAAGACUGUUACUGUGCAUGUACCAGAAAUCCUGUACACAUAGCUGUUUCACUAAGUCUUCCAAAACACACUACAAUACUCCGUACUCCUCAAGGCUGAAUCUCGGUCCUGGGAAUGUAUCUUUAAAUAGUCAAAUAGUGAAACAGUGCAAACAGUCUUGGAAUUAGUGAUAAUAUUUAUAAAUGUUGAUAAUUUUAUCAUGGCAGGACAUUCAAGUGUUUUGUUUCAGUUACGUAGCAUGUGGCAAACUUAAAAUGUAAAGUUAGCUUCAAGACUGCAAUGCCUAGAGAACUGAAAGGAAAGAUUCCAGUCUUGUUGGAGGGAUACAAUGUAUUCUUUAUUGCUUGACACUUGUGGUGGAGAGGAGGAUGUUCGGUGUAUCAUAAUGCAUAACUUAUUCUGUUGUUAUCUUUAUGCAUAUAUUUUUGUUUAACCUAGCAGAGCACCACCAGAUCUAAGAAAGUAAGAGAUUUGGUCUUCAGUUGUGUUUGUAGUACACGCUGUACCUCACAAGACCAAUUUCUCACUCUAUACAUUCAAUGUGCUUACAUAUUCUUGGAAACGAAUCAGUUUAUCUUUUCUAAAUCAGAAUGAACAUGAAAUCAUAUGUGGCCUGUUUUCAAGGUAAUGGCUGCAACAACUGUUUUGUUUGUAUUGCACCUGAUUGACAACUCACUGAUGACUGACAUGGUAUUAAUGACUUAUUUCUAAUUAUUGUGAGGAGUUGUAGUAUUCUAUUUAUGUCAUGGGACCUCAUUUAUAUGAUUUAGGAUUUAAUACUGGUGUUGUUAGGGGACUGAUAAUUUUAUCAUUGAGUUGUGUAUGUUCAGCUGGAGACACUUUCUUUAAGCAUUUCAUGGUCAGGAAUAUUUGUUUGGAAAAUUCCAAUAAUCUCUUAUUGGGAAGACAGAAAUGGUUGGCUCCUGAAGAUGAAGGAUAAAUAUGUUAUCAAGAAGAGCAUUGCUUGAAUACAGUAUUUUGCAUGUGACAACACUACUGAACAAAGAGCAUCCAGGACAUACACCUUCUGCAGCAAGAAUAACUUCAUGAUACUCAUCCAGAUUAUUAUUUUGUGGUUCUGUUUUGAUUCUUUACUCUUAAAGUAAGUGCAUCUGUGUCUUUAAACCUUGUACAAAUAUUUUACAGCAGUAAAUAUUCUUUUAUAUCAA